AUUGGACCCAACCCAUGACGAUCCCCACUCUUGACUUUGUUAUACACAGCACAAAUCAACAAUUCACUAGUAUAAAAUGGUGGUAUACAUAUUCAAGUAGCAACAAACUUAUUUACUAGACUUGUAUCAUUGAAAACACCCAUUUUCUUCUUUCUUAUUCCUCCUGACUCUUUGUGUUAAAUACACAAACAAACCCUGAAAAUGAGUAUUAUUGAUGCUUCACAGUUAGAAAAUGAGUUAGUUAAUUAUACUAAAACUUUGUUUGAUCAGGGGAUUCUAAAUGAUCAAUUUACUCAACUUCAAUCAUUACAAGAUGAAAGCAACCCAAAUUUUGUUGUUGAAGUUGUCAACCUUUUCUUUCAAGACUCUCAAAGACUCCUCCAUGUUUUAGCUCAAUCUUUAGAACAAGCAAAUGUUGAUUUCAAGAAGCUUCAUACUCUUGUUCACCAAUUGAAGGGGAGUAGUUCUAGCAUAGGGGCACAAGGAGUGCUAAAUGCAUGUAUUGCAUUUCGAAGGUGUUGUGAUGACAAGAAUGUUGAAGGAUAUUUUUUUUUUAUUGUUUAUAGGUGCUUAAUUAGUCUGCAGCAAGUAAGGAAUGAGUACAUCCUAGUGAAGAGCAAACUAGAAACUUUGCUUCAGUUGGAACAACAGGUUGUAGCAGCUGGUGGGACAAUUCCUAAAGUAGUGGAAGAUAUGAAAUGAAACUACAUCUCUCAAGAGUCAAGACAUAAAUUACAUACAUCAACAUGGAUAUGAACCAUUAAGGUGUCCAUAGAGGUUAUGGAUUGGAUUUCAAAUAAUUGGAUCAUUUUAAAAUAUAAAAUGUAUAAAUUAGUAUAUUGAUACAAUUCAUAUUUAUAAUUAGUUAAGGUGUUCAUUCGGAUUAUCGGGUCAAUUUUAGGUUAAGUGUUUUGGGUCAGUUUGAAAUCAUAUCUCGUGUCCAUAUUGGUUUUACAUAAUUAUAAAUCUAUUUUUGAGUGGGGUCGAAUCGGGUUCAAUUAUAAGAUCGGGUGAACAUCGAAUCUUCGAUUCUGUUUUGAACACCUCUAUAAUCGGGUCUGUUUUAAGUCGAUUUGAGUCAUUUUAGAUUAAUUCAAUUUUAAGGGGGUGAAACAACUUAAUAAACAAUGGUUGUGUAUAUAAUUGGAGUGUUGGAUGUUACUCUAUAUUAAACAAGUUUGUUGUCUUUUGCCCUCUAUAUGAAGGGUAGACCUAAACAAACAGUACUAAAUAUUAUAAUCUUCAAAGACUUUUAUUUUUUUCAUGCUUUAAAGUUUUAAUUGUAGUUAGGAGAACAAUUGGUCUUGUAAGAGAUUAUAUGUAUAUAUUUGAAUUCACAUGAUUUUAUUUAGGUUUUCUUAUUUGUCAUGCCCACACAACAAAUACCAUAAG